GCUCUCACCAAGCUCAUCCACUUUUGCGUUGUUACGCCUUUCUGCGAUUUACCUUACGCCCUCUCUAUUUUCGAAUCCACUGAACAACCCAAUCACGUGAUUUGGAACACAAUGAUUAGAGGAUUCUCAGCGAGUUCAUCCCCUGCUUUGGCCGUCAAAUUUUAUGUUCGCAUGAUCUUGUCUGGUGUUAUGCCCAAUUCGUUUACUUUUCCUUUUCUUAUAAAAUCUUGCACGAAAUUUAGGGGUACCAGCGAAGCUGCGCAGAUCCAUGCUCAUGUUUUGAAGCUUGGGCUUGGGUCUGAUGCCUUUGUGCACACCUCAUUGAUUAAUAUGUAUGCACAAAUUGGGGAUUUGGGUGAUGCGCAGUUAGUGUUCGAUAAAAGUCCACUUCGGGAUGCUGUUUCAUAUACCGCCUUGAUAACCGGUAAUGCUUCAAGGGGAUAUCUGAAUAAUGCUCGAAAGCUGUUUGAUGAAAUGCCUGCGAAAGAUGUUAUCUCGUGGAAUGCUAUGAUUGCAGGCUACGCGCAAAUGGGUCGGUAUAAGGAGGCAUUGGACUUCUUCCAAGAGAUGCGUAGAGCCAAUGUUAUGCCGAAUGAAAGCACAUUGGUCACUGUUCUUUCAGCUUGUGCUCAUUCAGGUUUUCUUGAAUUGGGAGAGGAGAUCAGAGAAUGGAUUGAGGAAAAUGGACUUAGUUCAAAUCUUCAUCUUGUUAAUGCACUUAUUGAUAUGUACUCAAAGUGUGGUGAGUUGAGCACAGCUCAAGAUCUUUUCGUGGGUUUACAACAAAGGAAUGUGAUUUCAUGGAAUGUGAUCAUCGGUGGUUAUACUCAUAUGAGCGAGUACAAAGAAGCCUUAAAUCUCUUUCGAAAGAUGCUACAAUUAAACGUAGAGCCUACUGAGGUCACUUUCUUGAGCAUUCUUCCUGCUUGUGCCAGCCUAGGUGCUCUUGAUAUUGGGAAAUGGAUUCAUGCUUACAUAGACAAAAACUUUCAGAAUUUGAAUAAUUCUUCUCUAUGGACAAGUCUCAUUGAUAUGUAUGCUAAGUGUGGAAGUAUAGAGGCUGCAAAACAAGUCUUUAAGAAUAUGGAAGGUAAAAGUUUAGCCUCAUGGAAUGCAAUGAUAUCUGGGUUAGCCAUGCAUGGGCAGGCAGGGCCGGUAUUUGAGCUUUUCUCAAGAAUGACUAGGGAAGGAUUCAAACCUGAUGAGAUCACAUUUGUCGGUCUGUUAUCUGCCUGCAGUCAUGCUGGUUUGCUUGAUACUGGACGCCAAUAUUUCAAUUCAAUGAUCAAAGACUAUAACAUUGCCCCAGAAUUGCAACACUAUGGAUGUAUGAUUGAUCUUUUAGGUCGAGCUGGAUUGUUUGGUGAAGCCGAAUCUUUGAUUAAGGACAUGUCCAUGAACCCAGAUUCUGUAAUAUGGGGAUCUUUGCUUGGAGCUUGUAGAGUUCAUAGACGUGUUGCAUAUGCUGAAUCUGUGGCUAAGCAUCUUUUUGAACUGCAGCCUGAAAAUCAUGGGGCUUACAUCCUCUUGUCAAACAUCUAUGCAGGAGCUGGUAGAUGGGAUGAUGUAGCAAGAAUAAGAACAUUACUGAAUGACAAAGGAAUGAAGAAAGUUCCUGGCUGUAGCUCCAUUGAGGUGGAUAGUUUUGUUCAUGAGUUCCUUGUAGGAGACAGAGUUCAUCCACAGAGCAAAGAAAUCUAUGAGAUGCUUGACGAAAUAGAUGCACGUUUAGAGAAAGCUGGGUUUGUUCCUGAUACAUCUGAGGUGCUUUACGACAUGGAUGAAGAGUGGAAAGAAGGUGCCUUGAGUCAUCACAGUGAGAAGUUAGCGAUUGCUUUUGGAUUAAUCAGUACUAAGCCGGGGACAACAAUCAGAAUUGUGAAGAAUCUUCGCGUUUGUGGAAAUUGCCAUUCUGCUACAAAGCUGAUAUCCAAGAUCUUCAACAGGGAAAUCAUUGCUAGAGACAGGAAUCGAUUCCACCAUUUCAAAGAUGGGUUCUGCUCUUGCAAGGACUACUGGUGAAAGCAGAAAAUCUUGUCUUGUUUAUACAUAGAUCAGGACUGUAUUAAUCUGUGUGGCUUUUUAAUUGUAAAAUUGUGUUCAUCAGUUCAUAAGUAGCAUGAAAUGAAAGUUGAAAAAAAUU